AAAAAUAAAGAGCCGUGUGAGAAUUCUUGAGUGCUUUUCACGGAGCAGCUGCAGCUGGAUGUUGUCUUUGGUCAGGUUGAUGCCAGUGCAGCAGUUUGGGGAAGGAAGAAGUAAGAGAUCCAAUUGAAGACUGAAUUAAAUUAGGAUAAAAUCCUCGGCUAGGACCAGGAAGGAGUGAUAAGACUCGGCAUUAACGAAGUGAAAGCAUCAGGAGUUUUGGAAGGGAGCUGUGUAGAAAGGCAAAAACAAUUUCAGAAAGAGGUGGGGUUUUUUUGCAAGACCUUGAGGAAAGUUGCAUAGUUCUUCAGAUAACCAAGAUGCACUUCCAGUGGGACUGGCUGUACUUGAGUGUCCUGAUAAUUAGCUCAGUGACUGCAGAAACUGAAAAUGAAGAAAACCUGGAUGCAGAUGUUGAAGUGGAGGAUUUUGACAUGCAGUCCCAAGAAGCUGAGGUUGACAGAGAUAAACCUUCCAUAGAGGUUGUGUACCAGACUCCAAAGCCAACUGGGGAAGUGUAUUUUACAGAAACCUUUGAUGGAGGAUUGUCUGGGUGGGUGUUGUCUAAAACCAAGAAAGAAGACAUAGAUGAUAACAUUGCUAAGUAUGAUGGAAGAUGGGAAGUAGAAGAACUGAAAGAAAACACAGUGCCUGGAGACAGAGGAUUAGUGUUAAAAUCGGUGGCAAAACAUCAUGCAAUAUCAGCAAUGCUAACAAAACCAUUUAUUUUUGAUGAUAAACCUUUGAUUGUUCAGUAUGAAGUGAAUUUUCAGAAAGGCAUUGACUGUGGUGGUGCAUAUAUUAAACUUCUCUCCAGCAGUGAUGACUUGAAUCUGGAAUACUUUUUUGACAGAACACCUUACACUAUUAUGUUUGGACCAGAUAAAUGUGGAGAAGAUUACAAACUACACUUUAUCUUCAGACAUAAGAAUCCUAAAACUGGAGAAUAUGAUGAAAAACAUGCUGAACGUCCUGACAUAGACCUAAAAAAGUUCUAUUUGGACAAGAAGACACAUCUGUAUACUCUUGUGCUAAAACCAGAUGAUACAUUUGAAAUGUUAAUCGACCAAACAGUUGUCAGUAAAGGAAGCCUUCUUGAGAAUAUGAUUCCUCCAGUAAACCCUUCCAAAGAAAUAGAGGAUCCUAGUGAUAAGAAGCCUGAUGACUGGGAUGAGAGACCAAAAAUACCUGAUCCAAAUGCUGUCAAACCAGAUGACUGGGAUGAAGAUGAACCUUCCAAAAUAGAAGAUCCUGAUGCUGUUAAGCCUGAGGGAUGGCUUGAUGAUGAACCAGAAUAUGUUCCAGACCCUAAUGCAAAAAAACCAAAGGACUGGGAUGAAGAAAUGGAUGGGGAGUGGGAAGCCCCCCAGAUCCCUAAUCCAAAGUGUGAGACCGCACCUGGUUGUGGACAGUGGGUGCGUCCCAUGAAGAACAACCCAAAGUAUAAAGGGAAAUGGAGAGCACCUAUGAUAGAUAAUCCUAACUAUCAGGGAAUCUGGAGCCCUCGGAAAAUACCAAACCCAGACUAUUUUGAAGAUCUUCACCCAUUCAAGAUGACCACUGUCAGUGCUAUUGGCUUAGAAUUGUGGUCUAUGACGUCUGAUAUCUACUUUGAUAACUUCAUCAUCUGUUCAGAAAAAGAAGUAGCAGAUCAUUGGGCAGCAGAUGGCUGGGGCUUGAAGAAAUUAGUAGCAAGUGCUAAUGAGCCUGGUAUGUUUAGUCAGUUGGUGACUGCUGCAGAAGACCACCCAUGGCUCUGGGUUCUUUACAUCUUGACUUUAGCUCUCCCUGUUGGUCUAGGUGUAUUGUUCUGCUGGCCAGCAAAGAAAACAGAUGAAUAUGAUUUCAAAAAAACUGAUGUAUCUAAGCAAAUUAGAAAAGGAGAAUUAAAACAAGAGAGAGAGGAGUUCGAAGAUGAUGAAAUAGAUGAAGAAAAAGAAAAUGAAGAUACUGCUGAAGAUGAGAGAAGAGAAAUGGAGGAGACAAAAAGAGAAUUUUUAAAGGAUGCAAAGAAGAUGGGAAGGGAGGCUCCUCUUUCAGAAGAUGAGGGUGAAGGUGGUUUAGAUAUUGAUGAUGAUGAAGAAGAAAAUGAAGUUGCAGAUGAGGAAGAAAAUGAAGUUGCAGAUGCAAGUCAGGAAGAAGGUGGUAUGUCAAAUAAAUCUGAUUCAGAAGAUGAGAAGAAAGAAGUUGAUGAGGGUACAGGAGAUCACCCGCUGAGAUCAGUGCGCAAAAGAAGAGUACGAAAGGACUGAGUUAUUUCCAGAGGGUAUUUGCACGUCUAGAUAACAGCAGCUUCUGGAGUGCCACUCCAGCGGGCCUGACAGCAUGCAAGUUCCUGAGCUUUAAAGGAAAAAGGGGAACUCACUGCUACUUAACCUCCUGUUUUAAUCCUCUGACCUCUUUAACUAUCCCGAAAUUCCUUGAUUCCCCUUUUUUUAAAGGAGAAAUACUGUCUGUGAGGAGUUAACUGGUGUUUCCAAUUGAAAAUAAAAGUGAAAUUACAAGUUGGCCAGCUGAUUUUUAGGUGAAGAUUCCUAAGAUUUGAAGUUUCUAAGAAAAUUAGUAUUAGUUGGAGAUAAACUUGCUCUAAAUAUUUUUUUAAAUGAAUAAAUUAUAAUACUUUUGCAGCUCUAGCACAAAAUUAGCUGUUUACAGUUUUCAGCUAAAAGAGGAUGAUAGUGUAGAUGUAGCAUCUAUAGCAGUUCUCAUUGCUAUGAGAAAAGGUAUUUUUUUUUGUGCAGAGCUAAAUGCAAUAAUUGUUUUUGUAUGAUGAUUUUGUGCUAGCAACAAUUUUUAUUGUAAAUUAUUUAUUUUAGUUGAUCUUGUUACAUGGUGGUCAUCUGUUCACUUUAGGCAUCGGUUACAGUAAUUUAUUUUUAAGAGAUAUUUUAAAAUAGAAUACUCAUAGAACAAGUGGUAAUUGAUGUGACUUGUUUUACUUUUGAAUGCAGAUAUCAGAUCUGCAGAAGUGAUAUACAGAUGAUUUUUUUCAAACUUUUAUAGUUCUCAUGUUACAAGCCAGAGUGGUAUAACCUCUGUUUAUAGAAUAUUUGCUAAGUGUAUAUUGCCACCUCAAAAUAUUUAAUAAUUCUUCCUUAAUAUGAAAUUUAUUAAUAUAGGUAAGAAUUUUUGAUGGAUUAAGUUUUUUAAACACCUGAGUAACUUGGGCAUUCUCAUAAUGUAGUUGAAAUAAACUGCAUAUUGUAAAAGCAAC